CAAAAGUAGAGAUUUCUUGAAAAAGCACCUGGAGUUGCUAACUAAGGAUUAGAUUUGGGGUAAUCGUGGUCAUCGCCGUGCCUCACAGCUGGAUUCGAUGGACUACAUAGUGGUUGUGUACUGUAUGCUGCUGCCAUUCGCCGCACAUUCGAUUUGGGCACACACCGGUGCUGUCGAAGAGUGUCCUGGUCGAAGUGUGCCACAGUUGAGGGCGGAUGCGACACAUUUUGAGCUGUCGCUGUUGUUCUAUUAUGUAUCCUGGUCCAGCGAUGCGAGGCAGGCACGUCUAGCAUAUGAUGGCGUGGCACACUACUACCACGAUUAUGCGUACUUUGGAGCCAUUGAUUGUUGGCACCUGCAAUGUAACUGUAGUCGGACGCAUCGCCCGGCACAUGGCCUGGGUGGUGGUUAUCCGGAGAAGUGGCCGACGUUAAUUGUGCACUUGGGACGUCAGACGAUACAAUACCAGGGCUCUUGGCAUUUCGAGGACUUGACACGUUUCCUUAAUCACGUUAUCCAGCCUAUAGAUCGUGUACACAACAGCGGGGAAUUGGACGCACUGCGACGUAUUUCCGACGCCGUGGUAUUGGCACUGCUAGACUCCCCGGACAGCUUGGCUUACAAGCGCUUUGUAGCUGCGGCCGUGCGAUGGCUAGAAUUAGAUCCAGAGCGCAAUAUACGAUACACGGUGGCCUUGGGUCCCAGCGCCAAGGGAAUGCUUAAAUCGGAGCACAUAACGCUUCCCCAGUUGGCAGUCAUAGAUAGUCGUAAUGUGCAUACCUAUAACGGGACGAAAGGGAGACAUUGGCAGUCGUUGGAUUUGUUGCGUUGGGUUCGCACUACACUCAAGGGGAUGGCAUUACUGGCCGAUGGCUACGGCACACCUAUGACCAUUGCUGUAAAGGCACGUCUCUCACCCGUGCUGGCUAUGGGCAUAAAAUCAGCAGCGAGUCGAUCAGUAGAUGCCAAGUCAUUUUUCAUGGGAGAGGACUUGACGGGCUCGCCACCAAGCAAAGAUAAUGCUGCCUGUGAAAUUUACUGGCAACUAGAUGCUGAGGAUAAUUUAGGAGAGAAGAAACAGCGUCACUCGUUGCUGCAAAUGCCUGCGGAACUGUAUACAUCAGCAAAGGAACUACAGCCUCAGCAACUGGCUACACAUUGCUACCAAAUCUGGCAGCUAAAUAGAGCCACAUUAAUAAACUAUUAUCGGAUCAACAGUUACCUAAACUUUCUCUGGUCACAGCAUGUUCAUCAGAGACAUUUUUCCGUAUCCUCCGGAAUCACAGCAAGUAGACUUCUAGCCCUACAUGGUAGGAAUCGCUGCCUUGCUCUCUCACAGCACGGAACGCCAGCACUGAAAAUUGGCAUAGCAAAGCUUGUGACUAAAUACGGACAGCUGAUAUGGCAGCAUUCGACGGAGUAUUCCACACAGAAUCGUUCCCUAGGAGUUGUGCUCUUCGAUGCAGUAAAAUACCGUGACUAUCUACAACAGUUGGGCAUUGGGCGAACGGCGCAUCAGCUUAAGACGGAAGCGACGUCAUUGCAAAUUUUCAUUGUGGAUGUGGCACAGGAGGCACUAUAUGUGAUGCCACAACAACAGACGUUCUCCUAUCUGGCUCUGAAAGAGUUUAUCAAACAAUUCUAUGCAAGGCAGCUGCCCCGUUUGCACAGAAGUGCCCCAACAACGCUGCCCAGUGCAAUCUCAGACGGCUACAUCCACACGUACAACCGACAACUACUGUUACAGGCGCUUCAACGUCAAAAUGCCACCAAUGUGGUACUUAUGCAUCGAACUGACUGUGCGCUAUCCGCUGUGUUGUCACAAGUCUUGGUGCAAGUGGCAGCUAUGCUGCGAAGUCCGGCUUUGCAUUUCGUGCGCUUUAAUAGUCAGGACAAUGAUUUACCUUGGGAGCUAUCCAUGGAUGUAACCCCCGCUCUGCUUGUCUUUCCGCAAGCACGUCCCACGGAGUCCGUUGUUUUCCCCAUCGAUGUGAAGGCUGAUGUGCAGAAUGUGUUCGCAUUUAUAUUGGCACAAUUGGAGCCGGAACUGCAGCUUCGACUGGUGCUUAGCAGUUGUCGGCGAAGGGUGCGCCAUGUGCGAAGUUGUCUAGACUUUGCACGAACACUCGUGCUACAACAUGUGAGUCAGUACCUGAAGUACUGGGAAAUAUUCGAGAAAGAGCGAGACUUGAUUUUGUCUUACCUUAAACAAUUCAAUGAGAUUCACAUAGCCAUCGAGAGCAGCAUAAGGUUAUAGUGGUACAUGUUCUGAAGUCUCACUGGAUGUUAGCAAGUAAAAAUCUUCCUCAGAAAGACCUACUAUAUAGCUGUAAUUAUCGUGUACAUAUCUAGAUAAAUCCGUAUGUAUGUACAUAUAUGUGUGUAAAUUACCUUCAAAGAGGGCUCCGACUUAUAUUCGUACAUAUAUAUGGAUGUAGUUAUUUAAAAUUUAAGCCAAAAUACGUAGACUAUGUAAUUAACGCAGUUGAUACUGGUGUGCGUAGCCAACAUAUUUUUAAAAUUGUUUUAUGAUUAAAUAAAUUUAAACAAAUGUCAA